GAGAAAUGUUAUAUUAUGAUUAUCUUUCAAGGAAAGAAUGGUAUAUUGCUAUCUAAAGAAAACAAUUAUUACUAUACAAUUACCUAAGUUUUAUCAAUUGAAACAUGAAUUGACAAUAUUUUAAGCCGAUAUCUCCAAGUGUUUCUAGUCGGAACGUUGUGGAUUUGUGGCGGUUUCUCCGUACGUGAACGUGAAAUUAAGAUUGUACCUCGAUAUAACUCGGCAGAAAUCGGGUUAAGUCGAUCUUGCGCGAAAUUCUAUUUCAAGUGUCAAAUUAAAAAAAAAGCUUAUAUUAAUUGUCCUGUAUAAUAAUGGGAUUACUAUCCGAAGGAAGCCCUUUAACCUGGGAAGAAACGAAAAAUCUUGCUGACCAUGUUCGGAAACAUGGAAUUAUUCAAUUCAUUAACCUAUACAAGAGACUCAGGGAUCGACAGGGUGAUAUACUCAAAUGGGGCGAUGAGGUUGAAUAUAUGCUUAUUAAAUUUGAUGAUAAAGCAAAAACUGCAAAGCUUAGUUUAAGAGCUGCAGAAAUAUUAAAAAUAUUAAAUGAAAAAGAAUAUAAUGAUCCAGACAAUAUUAAAUCAUUAUGGAGACCUGAAUAUGGUGCUUAUAUGUUAGAAGGCACACCAGGGAAACCAUAUGGUGGCUUAUUAGUUCAUUUUAAUGUUGUUGAAGCUAACAUGAGAUAUAGAAGGCAAGAAGCUUCAAAAUUACUUGAACCCAAUGAAGUUUUAAUGUCUUUAACUAAUUUUCCUAGAACAGGAGCAUAUGAUUUCACAGAUCCUCCAACACAUCCAACUCCAAAUUCAGGGGCAUCAAAAAGUUUAUUUUUUCCAGAUGAAGCUAUAUAUCCAGGUCAUCCGCGAUUUAAGACAUUAACGAGAAAUAUAAGACUACGACGUGGAGAAAAAGUUGCUAUAAACAUUCCUAUUUAUAAAGAUAAAAAUGUUUCAAGUCCUUUUAAAGAGGAUUUUAGUCCCUUUAUUGAAGAUGAAUCAAGUUGUGCAGCAAGAGAAGAUCAUAUUUACAUGGAUGCCAUGGGUUUUGGAAUGGGUUGUUGCUGUCUACAACUUACUUUUCAGGCUUGUAACAUAGAGGAAGCAAGGACAUUAUAUGACCAAUUAACGCCUUUAUGUCCAAUAAUGUUGGCUCUAACUGCUGCUAGUCCAUUUUAUCGAGGAUAUAUAAGCGAUGUUGAUUGCCGGUGGAAUGUGAUAUCUUGCUCUGUAGACUGCAGAACACAGGAAGAACGCGGCUUAAAGCCUUUGGAAGAAAACAAAUUCAGAAUUAGUAAAUCUAGAUAUGAUUCUAUUGAUUCAUAUCUUAGUGAACAAGGAGAAAAAUAUAACGAUGUUCCCUUGAUAUAUGAUGAUGAAGUAUAUAAACAACUAUUAGAUAAUGGAAUUGAUAAAUUACUUGCACAGCAUAUAGCUCACUUAUUUAUCAGAGAUACUGUAUCUUUAUUUUCUGAAAAAGUCCAUCAAAAUGAUUUGGAGGAUACUGAUCACUUUGAAAACAUACAAUCAACUAAUUGGCAAACUAUGCGAUUCAAGCCACCACCACCAAAUUCAUCUAUAGGAUGGCGUGUUGAAUUUCGUCCAUGCGAAGUUCAAAUUACGGAUUUUGAAAAUGCUGCAAUAGUUUGUUUUAUUGUCCUUCUUACAAGAGUUAUUUUAAGUUAUAAAUUAAACCUUUUGAUACCAAUUAGUAAAGUUGAUAAAAAUAUGGCUCGGGCACAAAGGAGAAAUGCAGUUACAGCAGAAAAAUUUUGGUUCCGUCGAGAUAUUACAUCAGACGCAAAAAAGCAAGAUGAUGGACAACCAGAGUAUACAGAAUUUACUGUUAACGAAAUUAUUAAUGGAAAGGAUGGUAUUUUUCCGGGUUUAAUACCGUUAGUAAAUUCGUACUUAGCUAGUAUGGAUGUAGAUGCAGAUACGCAUUGUACUGUACAAGCAUAUAUAAAAUUCAUACAAAAAAGAGCUUCUGGAGAAUUAUUAACGACUGCUGCAUGGUUAAGGAAGGAAGUUGUUUCACACCCAGAGUACAAAAACGAUUCUGUAAUAACACAACGCAUCAACUAUGACUUAUUAAAAAAAGUACAAAAGAUUAUAUCUAAUGAAAUAUCGUGUCCAGAAUUACUCGGAACGUGUAUGCUAUCAAAAACUAAUGAAACUAUACCUGCAGCAGUUGCAAAAGCGGAAAAGGUUCCCAUGUGAAUUAUUGUUGUUAAUGGCAAUGGAUUAAAUAUGCUUAAAUAGAUAUAUAUAUUAUAUUAUAUAUAUAUAUUUUAUAUAUAUAUAUAUAUAAUAUAUAUAUAUAAUAUAGAUACACAAUGACUUAAAUAGAUAACGAUUAAUAUAGAUUUAAUUUUCAUUUAUUUUAGUGCACUUCAGAUCUUCUUGUACAUACUUAACAUUUAAAAUAUUGUGUGUUCACGUCCAAUGAUUUCAUGGUUUCUAAAAACGGUAACAUUCCAUAAAAUGAUAUUAUACCCAGUACAUUAAAAAAAUAUAUACUUUUGUAAAAAGCAACAGUUUACUUUGCAAUAGCAGUUUAAUUAGAGGACAAAUUUUAACAUAAACAUACAAUAUAAAUUAUGAUGUUGAUAUGCUUGAACAUAAAUAACAACUACUAAAUUACAAUGAAACAUGUCCUACAUACAUCAAUUUUAGGAAAUAAACAAACAGCAAUCGUUUUCUUCGAGGUCAAAUGUACUUCAUAAUAUAGGAAAAAACACAUUUUUUUUAAAUUUACGAAAUUUUUUAAUUUCGUAAAUAUUUUAAAUAAUGAAAAACUUUUGGGAUCUACAUCGUCUAUAGUGCUAUUGUUGUUUUAUGUUACAAUACUAUAUUGUUUAUUUAAUGAUAAAUAUCAUGUAGUUCUUCCCAAAAGUCGAAUUUUAUUAUUUUAUUGUGAACAAUACUUAACAAAAUUUAAUAGUAUUAACAUUUGUAUUUAAAAAAAUAUGUUUAUAAAUUUUUACUUAUUUUA